CCCGUGCCGUCCUUACUGCAAUGAAACACUCACGUUUAGCAAUUUAGCUUGCCGUGCUACACGUAGUGUAUUAAGUUCCCUAAUUAAUCGUCUUUGUGUCAUUCAUUUCGAUACAAUUGGCUUCCGGACGUUCGUUUGUCAGCUUGUAGCUUCCGUCUGCGUUUCCUGUUCACACACACACACACGAGAUUAGUUUUUCUUAUCCGUGACACUGCAACACAGUUGAAUGGCUCGGUUGUCCACCCAGCUGUCGCCGGAACGUUACCCGUGCUUGACAGCGCGAUCCUCGGCCUAGGCCUCCCUCACAAGAGGCGACCCGGGCCGUCUCUUAGCUCCUCAGCAGAGGCACUUGUCAGUCUAAAAGAAGGAAGUUUGUCCAACACUCUGAAUGCAAAGAACAUCUUCCCGAGACCUCACAACACCAGGGGACGCCAGUCCACCCUCACCAUGGAUACGCUCAUCCGAGGCUCAAAGAGGAAUCGCUACGAGGACGAUCAUCCACCGCAGCGUCCUCCUUCCAGAUCACCACGAAGGAGCCAAAGGGUCAACACCACACCACAGAAAUUUUCCAAUGUGGUGGCGCCCGAUAAGAAGCCGUCGCAGAGGAUCGGCUUGCGAUUAAGAAACCUGCUCAAGCUGCCCAAAGCUCACAAAUGGUGCAUCUACGAAUGGUUCUAUUCCAAUAUUGACAGGCCUCUUUUUGAGGGCGACAAUGAUUUCUGUCUGUGUCUGAAGGAGUCUUUCCCCAACUUGAAAAGCAGGAAGUUGACCCGAGUGGAGUGGGGGACUAUCCGGAGACUGAUGGGGAAACCCAGACGGUGCUCAUCCGCAUUCUUUGCUGAAGAGCGAACGGCGCUCGAGCAGAAGAGACAGAAGAUGCGCCUGCUGCAGCACAGAAAACUUUCAGACUUGUCCAACUGCAAAGACCUUCCUGACGAAAUCCCACUGCCUCUCAUCAUAGGCACCAAAGUCACCGCUCGGCUGCGAGGCCCCCACGACGGCUUGUUCACCGGGCAGAUCGACGCGGUGGACACUGGCGCCGCCACUUACCGCGUCACCUUUGACCGCAGCGGCCUGGGAACACACAAUGUGCCUGACUAUGAGGUUAUGAGCAACGAGCCCAAUGAGACGAUGCCCAUUUCAGCCUUCGCUCAGAAGCACCGGACCACGCGCUACAUGCAAAACCUCAUGACUCCAUCUCGAAGUCCUUACCCAUCCACCGCUGCUCCCGUCCUUAUGGAUCAUGACCCUCUGAUCAACCAGUCACCAUGGAGGAACAAACUGCCAGGUGCAGACGGAGACACCCUGGGAGGCUUUCCUGUCAAGUUCCUGGUCCAAGUGACGAGGUUGUCCAAGAUCCUGAUGGUCAAGAAAGAGCACAUCAAGCACUUGAAAGAAAUGAACACCCAAGCGGAGAAAAUGAAAUCGUACGCCUUGCCCAUAAAACUGGACUUCCAGAAGAGCUACGCGACCACCGUGCUUGAGCUGGAAAAGCUCAAUAAAGAUCUCAAAAAAGUCCUACACGAAGUGCAGCAGUUCUGUUGCGAGCUCUCUAGCGACCAGGGCACGCUUCCCAGCGACCACCCGGCGGACCUGCGGCAGCACUGCGAGGACAAAGCGCAGCAGAUGGUGCAGCUGAGCGACGCGUCUAAAGACGGCCAGCAGAACGCGACCCACGGCAGCCUCACGCAUCUCGUCUCCCGUCUGACGGCUCUGCUGCUGCAGAUCAAGUGUUUGGCAGACGCGGGAGACCCGAAUUCAUUUGAAUUCAAAUCUCUAACGGAGUCCCUCAAUGACAUCAAAGCGUCCAUCGAUCCCUCCAACCUCAGUUGCUUCCAGAACAACGUUGAGAUCCACGUGGCGCACAUCCAGAGCGGCCUGAGCCAGCUGGGCAACUUGCACGCGUUUGCGGCCAACAACACGAUGUGAGCGGCCGCCCUCCGCAGGCAGGUGCACUCCGCCACGCUAGCGCACGCGUACGCCGACCGCUAUUAGCUCGGCGGAAGGAGGCCCGGAACCUUCUUUGUCGUCUCACUCUUCAGUUUUAUCGUUGGUGCACGCGUUUGAAAGCCUUUUGCCACAAAAAUCUCCCUUGUUUGUAGGCUUCUCGUGCCAAAAUGCAAUUCUUAGUUUUAUCUAUUUAUUUAUUUCAGUCAGUUAGGGUUUCUUCCAAGCGCUCGUUUAUUAAAAAAAGUUUUGUAAACUUGUAGAUAAUUGUAAAUUAUCUGAAAUGAUUUCUACUGUUGGCUUUUUGUAUUUUUUUCUGUGCACUCAAGAGACUUUGUUAUUUUUUUAAAAGAAUUCUUCUUCAACGGGGAGCGUUUAAAACGUCUUUUGCUCCUGGGGGGGAAAAAAACACCUGAUAUUGACAUUUCUGCGUUUGGUGCAAUUGUUCUAAAUAUGAAAGCAUCCUCUAUAUAUUCGUUUGUCUUUUUAUAUUAAAGAUGUUGCCAAGAU